AGCAUCAAGUGCAUGGUUCAACACCAAUUAAAACAUCCAACAUAAACAUAAACAUAAUAAGCAAAGUGUUCCAAUAACGAAAAUGUCUCCAAAAACAGCCACUAUCUCCCUCGCUCUCCUCGCAAUUACUCUUGCUCUAACACUGUCCUCCGCCCAUGCCCACUGCCCUGCUUCAACGAUCCCUGGGAUCUUGAAGUAUUAUGGGUUACCGCCCUCGAUUUUCCCUGGUGAUGCUGUGAGCUUCAGCUGCGAUCCUGUCAACCAAAACUCCAUCAGGUUAAAUAUUAACUUGCGUGGUAAAUGUACCGUGGUUAACGAACUGGGUGCUAUUCAAAAUGUACUCAAGUGCUCAGAACAGAUAUCGGCGGUCUUAUCACAUGACAAACUGAGCGAAGUUAAGGGAGUGACUGUCCAACUCUAUGUUAAGCUUCUCCCUUGGCUCGACGCAGCACCAUUUGGUCCCCUCAUGACCAUAACCGGUGCCGAAGCCUCUUAUGGACUUUUUAACUUGAAGUUGUUUAUGUUUAUUUCUGACCAAGGUAACAGUCCAGCCUUCCCCUACAUGUUAUUCCCAAAUCAAGCUCCCAAGUGUUCCAAACUUGCUUUCUAUGACACCGUUGUUGCCAACAUCAACCAAGAUAUUCCUUUUAAUCCUAUUCUUGUUGCUUAAUUAGCCAAGUUCACGCUUCCACUCGCACGCAGUGUUGCACUUCACUUGCUGAUGCUUAUCAAUCGUUUCUAUUUUAUCGUGUAUGUUUGUGGUUUAUCUAUGCUUCUACUUUUUUAAUGUAAGCAGCCCAUCAAUGUAAGCAGCCCAUCAAUGUAAAACAGCUUAUUUUUAAUCUACUACUUGUAUGAUCAUCCCAUUAUUUUUAAUCUACUACUUGUAUCAGUCUUAUUUAUGUGUCAUAGAAUUUUUUUGCUUAGCUUAUCAAGUAGUUAUCAUGAUGUCAAGUUUCAUGAAAAUUAACUAACUUCAUUGAUUAAUACUUCCUCCAAGCCAUAAUACAUGAGAAGUUGGAAUUUUUUUCA